AUGCGACAGACAGAGAAGACUACACCGCGGCAAAAUAAAACAGGCGGUAAAAAGACAGGCCGAAGACCUAUAAAUAUGGCCUCCUCCCCCGGUCCUCUGUCGAAACAAUUCUCUACCUUGUUGCAUUGGAUUGACUUGCCUCGCACCAAAGCCGUGCACACCAAAAGCAGUGAAGUCACUCAGAUGUCAUUACAGUACACGCUUGAUGGUUCACUCCACUCUCCUCGUGUUCGUGCCCACCAGCCAGACCAUGAGUCCAGACUGGCCCCAAACCUUCUCUCUUUGACCAUGGGAAUGCAAGGUAAGCCCCCUCUCAGCCCAACACAAUUGGAGACUGUGCUGGAACACCAGAUGUUACGACCAGCCCGGUCUACUUAG